AACCGUGUUCGAGACUCGACAGUCGUAACAGCGACGAUGGUAGCCGUAGCCAUAAUUGACAUGGAUGCAAAGAAGCACAAGAGAGGAAACAGAGAGCAAGAUGAAGGGGAAGAUGACGAGGACGAUUCCGUCGAAAAGGACAAUGUUGGCCUCGGCUCCGCAGCUCGAAACAAGGAUCUAUUUGGUGCCUAA